ACGCAUCGAACGGUACAGUAUACAUUACAACAACGCCCUGAGAAAUCACACAACAUCGCAAACGACGACGACGAUAUCACCUCGCUGUCGCCAAUCUUUGAAUGGCUGCUACUCAACCCAAGAUCACGGAGGAUGCCGCAGAAGACAGCGACAACACGCAGUACUCAUCAGAUUCGGAUGACGCUGACUAUGAGCCUUCGUCACUGAUCUUAUCCACAUACCGUAAAUUGAUCUCGAGGCGGGUCGACCUGGUAGGAGACUACGCUGGCAGCGAGACCUUCCUCAUCGACGGCGACUCCAUCCUUCUUGACUGCUUCACCGAUGAGCUGUUGGACUUUGGCUCGGGAUGCCAGUUGCUCCAUGCGGCAUACAAUGUCGAGCAUUUCCUGCACAGUCUCGUGCAGCGAAAAUGUAUCUUCAAGAUAGUCUUCUUUGAUAGCAACAAGAAAUUGUGUAUCCCACCAUCCGCCAAAACUCCCGAUGCUCCAAAGUAUCUUCUGGCUCGAGCGGCCAUCAUUCGUCACCUCUCUAUCAACUUGCCUGCAGUUCACCCUGAAAUCGCAAUCCACCGCUUCCCGUCAUGGCGCUCAGCAGAGUUCCGGGGAUAUCUCCAAGAUACCAGCCCCUACUUCGUAAUGGCUCACGAUGGUGCCCUAGCGGAGGAUAGUGGAUCCGCCACCACUGCGGAGGAUUCGGAUAAUGAAAAUGCUCGCAAGCAGCAACUCUCACUACGAGAGAUGAUCUUAUUUUUCAUCGACCAGGGUUUCAAUGUCUCUUUGAUCAACGGAAUAGAAUUGCGAGAUACAAAAGUCAUGACAACGGUCCAAGAAAUUCGUAAUCGAGCGGCAUUCCAAAGCCUGAACUUCGAAGAGGGCGAGGAUGUCGAAGAAGAUGAAUCAAACAUUGAUUCGGACGACAUUAUCGCCGACUUGCAGAAGCUGAAAGGCGACUCGUUGACUGAACGUCACAUCUUGGGCACUCUCACAAUUGCUCACAUUGUCCGCCAUUUCCAAGAGAAGAAAUCCGAGGGGCCAUGGCAAAAGUUCUCCGCCAAAUUCCUAUUGCAUCAGGCACUACUUACACAUGUCCCACUCUCGGCUCGAAGGUUUGAUGCUCCCGUCCAAGAUGCUAGCGCAAGCGGCUUCUUGAAUAUCAUCACUUUGACAGCAGGACAAAUCCUCGACGAGGCUUUCUCGCCAGCUGGAGCUAGAAAGUGCGAUGUCAUCGACUUCGUUGAUGGUCGGCUCUUCCUCCAGACUUGUACACACAUCAACCAGGUGGAUGCGUCUGUGCAGGAAACUCUCAAUGCUCUGGCCAAUGCAGUCAAAAUUUUAACUGGCGUCGACUUAGCUGCUUCAUUGGCCGAGGCCUCUGAAGGAAAAGGGCACAAUCCUGAGAACGUCGAAGCCUCCUCAGAUGAGCAACGUGUUGUUGUGCUACCUUUUUCCAACAGUAUUCUAGAUAAACAUCUUGAGUCUGUGCGUAUCAAGCUCGAUAACGAUGCUGCGGGUGAACAAAGCAUAUCAUCCCGCAAGAUCUUCCGCGAAGUGACACACUGGCACAACGCCAAGAAGCCGAUCAUCGUCAAAGGGCCCGUGACGCCUGCCGAUGAGAGGAAGGCUAAGAAGGAAGCGAAACGAAACCAGCUUUUUAUGGCUGAAAUGCGUACUUACGCUGCAAGUCUUACGAACGCGGUCGGUAAAAGUCUCUCCCCAGAAACCAUCAUCGUUGGCGAGACGCGAUCGACUGCACCUAGCAAAUCCUCCAACGCGACGCCAGUCGACUCAGAUGCUUCAGAUGCCAAUGCUAGUAAGGCUAAGCCUGGACAGAAGAAGGGUGGCGGUGGUAAGACCGCGCAAAAGAAUGCUGGCAAGCAAGCGAUGCUGAAAGAGAUCGCCGCCACCAAAGCCAAGAAGGACGAAUCUGCAAGCGACAAGAUCGUCGGCGCCUGGCAAGUUGUCUGCCGUGGUUUCGAGGCCGACAGAGACCCAAGAUCGCGAUAUGCCAAAGCCAAGGCAUACCUGACCACCAUUCAGGAUGCGUGGCGGGCUGUCGUGGGCGCGGAAGUUGAACUGUACAUGGUCAGCUGUCUUGUCCAAUACUGGAUCAAUGUGUGCGCAGAGAAAGAGCAAAAGCAGCGGCGACUGCAAGUGACAGCUCUAACAUGGAGUCACUUGCGCAGCAUCGGUCAACAGCCCCCUUUACAGAAAUCUAUUACAAGAUGCAUUGACCUCACAGUCAAGACCCUCGGACUGCCGCCCGUUCCUGAAGCAGCAGAAGCUCCUGUAGAUCGCAAGCUCGCGUUCACCUUUGCCCUCCCGACGACUGUGAAGGACUUGUCAAUUGGACUGCCAUCAAAAGACUUCCAGCUUCUAGAGUGUGGUCCGUAUCUCGAGCGUAGCUUCGACUCCAAGCCCGAUCACAGAGUUGAUUUCAAGCCUGAUGGCUGGCAAAGACAAGUCCUGGAUAGUAUCGAUGCUGACAAGAGCGUAUUCGUGGUGGCACCCACCAGUGCCGGUAAAACUUUCAUUUCGUUCUACGCGAUGCAAAAGGUUCUUGAAGCGGAUGAUGAUGGUGUCCUUGUGUUCGUCGCACCGACCAAGGCUUUGGUGAACCAGAUCGCGGCUGAGGUGCAAGCUCGCUUCACAAAGAACUUCAAAUAUGGAGGUAAAUCCGUAUGGGCGAUCCACACUCGAGAUUACCGCAUCAACAACCCCACUGGCUGUCAAGUGUUGGUCACUGUGCCCCACGUUCUUCAGAUCCUGCUACUAUCUGGCACACAUGCCAACAGCUGGUCGAACCGAGUCAAACGCAUCAUUUUCGAUGAAAUCCACUCCAUCGGUUCCGCCGAAGAUGGUGUAGUCUGGGAGCAACUUCUCCUCAUGGCUCCGUGCCCGAUUGUUGCUUUGUCCGCCACUGUGGGCAAUCCCGACGAAUUCAGUGGAUGGCUCAGCUCCACGCAAGCAUCGAUCGGAAAGGAGCUGGUCAGUGUGCGCCACCCGCAUCGUUACUCCGACCUCCGCAAAUACUACUACGUGAAGCCGAAGGUUUUCGACUUUCAAGGUAUCCCAGAAAAGUCAGCGUUCGGUAGUCUCGGACUCGAAGGUCUUCCGGGAUUCCGCUACAUUCAUCCUGUUGCAGCCCUGGUUGACAAGUCUCGUGGUAUCCCAGAGGAUCUUGCACUCGAGCCCAGAGACUGUCUUCUCUUGUGGCAGGCCAUGACCAAGGUGCGAACCGAGAAAUAUCCUGUUGCCGCAUCACUCGACCCAGCCAAAGCGCUACCACCGGUUUCACGCAAAGUCGAUAUCUUGAAGUGGGAAGCUGAGUUGAAGAAGCUGCUCCGUACAUGGCUGGAAAGUGCCGACUCUCCCUACUCCAACUUGCUCAAGGACUUGGAGGUGAGCUUCCGAGACACCAAAGCGGAGGAGAAGUAUUCUACUGCACUCGCCGGUAAUGCUUCGGCUCAACAAUCAUCCUCUAGCGACGGCGAAGACGACCUCAGCACUUCCACUCUCCCCUUGUUGUGCCGUCUCCAUGAGCAGGACGCACUACCCGCCAUUCUUUUCAACUAUGAUCGUCACAUGUGCGAGAAGAUCUGCAAAUCGGUCCUCGAACAACUCGAGGCAGCGGAACUGAAGCAGAGAAAGACGGGCGACAAGUGGCAAAAGACUCUCGUCGCCUUCGAGGAAUGGAAGAAGCUCAAGGAGAAGAAUAAGACCAAGAUGGCCAAAGAGACCAGCAAGAAGUCCGCCAAAGCUGCGAAAUCCAAGGACGACGAUGGCGAUGCCGACCGUACUUCCAAGCUCGAUCUUCAGCGAGAUGCAUUCUCUUCCGAUGACACCAAGUGGGAGUCUUUUGAUCCCGAGGGCCCUCUCGAAGGCUACCAUUUCGCCGAUUUAGCCAAGGCUCAGCGAUCAGACUUGGAGGUCUACGUCCGCCAACUCCGAUUCAAAGAUGUUCCGGAGUAUUUGAUCAAGGCUCUCGGACGAGGUAUCGGUGUUCAUCACGCUGGUAUGAAUCGCAAAUAUCGACAGAUUGUUGAGAUUCUCUUCCGCAAAGGCUUCCUGCGCGUUAUCAUCGCCACUGGAACCCUGGCUCUAGGUAUCAACAUGCCCUGUAAGACUGUUGUCUUCUCUGGAGAUUCCGUCUUCUUGACAGCACUCAAUUUCCGUCAAGCCGCUGGUCGUGCUGGUCGUCGUGGUUUCGAUCUGCUCGGAAACGUCGUGUUCCAGGGCAUUUCACGUCAAAAGGUUUGCAAGCUCAUCAGCUCUCGCCUUCCUGAUCUGAGUGGGCAUUUCCCGAUCACAACGACUUUGGUCCUGCGACUAUUUUCGCUCUUGUUCGACUCGAAGCAGUCCAAGUAUGCCAUCAGCGCAAUCAACUCCCUACUGUCUCAGCCUCGUCUGUACAUGGGCGGACCCAGCUUCAAGGACCAAACGAUGCAUCACCUUCGCUUCUCGAUCGAGUAUCUUCGCCAGCAGCAACUUCUCGGCUACGAUGGUCAACCCUUGAACUUCGCAGGCCUGGUCAGCCAUUUGUACUUUACGGAGAAUUCUUCGUUUGCGUUCCAUGCUUUGUUGAAGGAAGGCUACUUCCACGAGCUAUGUGCUGGAAUCAAUGGAAAUGAGAAGAACACGUUAGAGACAUUGAUGCUUAUCAUGGCGCAUCUGUUCAAGCGAAGAGUCCUGCGUCAAGCGGACCUGGAGCACCGCAACGACAUGGUCAUCAAGCCUUCAUCCUCGAUCGUCUUCUUGCCGCCGAUGCCUACCGCCGCGUCCAAGAUCUUGAUUGAUCACAACAAACAGACACUCCGAGUCUACAAAGCUUACGUCGAGACCUUUGUCGAGCAAAAUAUCACCGAGGCUGACGACGUCUUACCAUUUUCGAAAAUGAAGGCCGGCGGUACUGGCCAGCCUACAGAACUCAGCCUAGGCAGCCUUCCUCCGACACGCCUGCGCUCCUCUUUCGUUGCACUCUCCGGCGCCGGCGACGAUUUCGCUUCCAUCCACGACAUGUGCAGCACCGUCCGCGACGGAGUCUUCCUCGAAGAGGCCGUCGUCCCACACAUGUCCGUGUACCCAGAGGAAAUGUCCGUCCCGCUCAACGCCUGGCUUCUCGAUUUCUACAAGCACGGCGACGUGCACACCAUCGAGCGAGCCAACGGCGUCCGGCGCGCGGACAUCUGGUUCGAACUCAACGACUUCUCCCUCAUCCUCGCCACCAUCAUCGCCAGCCUCAUGUCGUUUAUGAAACUCACCGACGCCUCCGAUCUGGACAUGCUCGAGGUCCUGGGCAACAUGGACGCCCACGAGGAAGCCGAGGACGACAAGUUCGCCGCCAACGAGGACACCGCCUCGCUGACCUCGGACCCCGCCAGCCUGGACUCGGGCGUCGCGUUCCCCGAUCGCACGGGCAAAACUUCCGCCUCCACCGGACGCGUCCCGACGAAGAAACAGGCCAAGAACGCGGACAGCUGGGAGGACCUCGAGGACGAUCUCCUGGACAGCGAUGUCCGCGCGACGGCGCAGAAGGCGCUGGGUGGAGCGGCCGAGGACGCAGAGUUGCAAGGUCACGAUGCGGCGUGGGACGAAGAGGGCGGUGAGGGAUUGAAGCUGGUGCUCAAGGCGUUCAAGAGACUUCAUGAGGAGUUCACCGUCAAGUUCAAGGCCAUGUGGGCUUAGAUGGGGG